CAUCACUCGUCACCAUGGUAACUAUAAAGGCACUACAAACAAUGCCGUAAUUAAUAGAAAACACGCUUACGGACGAAAGUCUUUCACAGUAAUGUAUUCAGCGCAGGUAAUUAACGAUGGCGAUUUUACGAAAACGAUUUACAGUCUAAUUAAAGAAAACCGUUUCAACGAAGCCUUAAAGGUUCUACACGGGAUACCGGAAUCAAAUUCUACGCGACCCGGCUUAUCACUGCUCGCUUACUGCUACUUUUAUCUGCAAGAUUUCAACAAUGCCGCCAGUUAUUACGAACAACUCACUGAAAUGUAUCCUGAUAACGACGAAUACAAGCUUUACUACACGCAAUCUUUAUACCAGGCUUGUUUAUAUGAUCAAGCCUUUCAGGUUUCUAAUAAAUUAUCAGAGAAUCCCAAAUAUUCGGGUCAAAUAACGAAACUGCAAGCGGCCAUUAAGUACAGCCAGGAAGACGUGCUGUCGGCUAAAAGUUUGGUCAACGCUUGUCCCGACGACGAUCCAGACAAAGAAGUAAAUUUUGGAUGUUUGCUGUACAAGGACGGUAAUUACGAAGAAGCUUUAACGAAAUUCACGAGCGCGUUGCAAAAUCAGGGUUUCAAACCUUACCUGGCGUACAAUAUGGCGCUCUGCUAUUACAGGCUUAAGGAAUACGGCCUGUCGUUGAAAUAUUGCGCGGAUAUAAUAGAAAAAGGCAUCCGGGACCAUCCAGAACUGAGCAUAGGAAUGCAAACCGAAGGCAUAGAGGUUCGGUCCGUGGGGAACACCUUAACUUUGCACGAAACUUCGCUGACGGAGGCUUUCAAUCUUAAAGCGGCCAUCGAGUAUCAAUUAAAAAAUAUCGAUUCGGCUCGCGAAGCUUUGACCGAUAUGCCACCCCGAGCCGAAUACGAACUAGACGCCGUGACGCUUCACAACCAGGCACUGAUGAACUUCGAUCAGAAUCCAAUGGAAGGUUUCGAGAAACUGCAGUUUCUCUUGCAACAAAAUCCGUUCCCUCCCGAAACGUUCGCAAACCUGUUACUCCUUUAUUGUCAGCACGAGUGCUACGACCUAGCGGCCGAUAUAUUAGCGGAAAACGCCCACCUGACCUACAAAUACCUCACGCCGUAUUUGUAUGAUUUUUUGGACGCUAUGAUAACGCAACAGACGUCACCUAGCGAGGCAUAUCAGAAACUGGACGAGCUUGCCAGCAGGCAUACCGAGCAGCUGCGCAAGCUCGCCAAACAAGUCCAAGAACACAGAAAUCGCGGUGAUCUCGAGGUGGUGAAAAAAGCCAUAAUGGAAUAUGAAGAAUGUUUAGAAAGGUAUAUCCCGGUGCUGAUGGCUCAGGCGAAAAUUUACUGGGACAUGGAGAACUAUCCCCAGGUAGAGAAAAUUUUCCGAAAGAGUGCGGAAUUUUGCAACGAACACGAUACGUGGAGGCUUAACGUGGCGCACGUAUUGUUCAUGCAGGAAAACAAGUUCAAGGAGGCGACCGGUUUCUAUGAGCCCCUCGUCAAGAAAAGCUACUCAGAUAUUCUGAGCGUCAACGCCAUCAUCCUGGCCAAUUUGUGCGUCUCUUACAUCAUGAUAUCGCAAAACGAGGCGGCCGAAGACCUGAUGCGGAAGAUUGAAAAAGAGGAGGACCAGAUGUCUUUCGAGGAGCCCGAAAAAAAGUACUUUCAUCACUGCAUUAUAAACCUAGUUAUCGGGACUCUAUACUGCUCGAAGGGCAACUACGAGUUUGGGAUAUCGCGGGUGAUGAAAUCCCUCGAACCUUACAACAAAAAGUUGGGCACGGACACCUGGUUCUACACGAAGAGGUGUUUCCUGAGCCUGAUCGAGAACUUAGCCAAACAUAUGAUCGUAUUGCGCGAUUCUGUCAUUCAGGAGUGCAUCGGUUUCCUGGAUAGCUGCGAAUUACACGGGAAAACGGUGGCAACGGUAGCGUAUUCGACACUGGCAGAAGAAAAUCAGACACUUAACGGGAAAGAGACGGUCAGUUAUGAGGCAAGGAAGCUGAAGCACCUGCUGUUGAAAUUACAAAACUAUUAACGCUGCUGCUAAACGUUCUUAUGGUAACCUGCUCCACGUCCACAAAAGAAGGUAUGGCAGCUUUGAAGUCCACCGUGACUGCGUCGUCGGUAGGAUUGGUGGCCACUAGAAUACCGGGACUUCCCCUAUAUUCCCUAA